CUUCAUUAUUUUCUUUAAAAACGCGGAAGCCCGGUGACUGGAGUAGGCGAAGCAGGGAGCAAUGUCGCCACCGACGAAGAAAGAGAGGGCGGCAGAGGCCAGGGCGAGCUCGUCAAAACCGAUCGUCUCGGCGGCUCCCCAGGUUCAGCGGCGGAGGGUGGGUGGAGGCGGGUGGACGAGCCGCCGGAUAUCCUUCUACGCCUCCCGCGUCUACUUCCUGCUCAUCAUCCUCCAGAUCCCGCUCUUCAGGGUCCCUUGUAGAGCAGGCACAUGCACUACACCUAUUCAAAUUACAUCUUCACAGUUGGUCUCAAAUGAGAUAUUCCCACCAUCUGUUGUGAAGGCCAUGCUCUACCCUGGAGCUAUAGUGCGCAACCUCACUACAAGAAUGAGCAUGACAUUUCCAAGGUGGAGUGACCUGUUCGACAUAUACAAUCUGACAGAAGCUAAGAAUGCUUCAGCAGUAAUUGAUCUACAGCGUCUAGAGAUGCUUGCCGGAAGCUACUUCUGUGUUGCUGGAGCACUCGUUGGCAUCAUUAACCCUGGGAGGAUGAUCUUGUUUGGUACGCUUUUGGUUAUCUGGGGUCUCGUGAAAGAUGCGCUCUUCCGGAAGCCUGUGAUUAAUGAUCCAACAGAACCAGUAUAUGUCUAUCCUACCAUUUUGAUUGCACUGAUUUGUUCAUUCAUGUCAAUAACUUACAAUGUGAAGAAGGCGAUGAGCAGCCAGUCUGUUUCUAUCUCUAAGCCACUGCAAAGUUCUGCCAAGUCAAAACUGAAGUAGGAUAUUGUCAGUUUGUCAGCCUUUGUCGAUGUAGUUCAUCUCCAUCUCUGAUUUGCUGAACUACUCAAGACUGAUUAUGGUUCUCAUGUAUCACUAAUACUGUAACCAUUAAUUUUUCUCACUUAUAUCGAAGUCUCACACUAUAUAUAAUUUUGAUUCAUGCAAUUUCAUGUCU